CCUUCUUCAUCUCUUUUCGAUUUCGAAUUUUUCAUAUCUUUAGUAGUUUCGUCUCAAUUUCACAAUUUCCGUGUAGCCGACAAUGAAUUACGCUUUAGAUUUUGGUUUUCCGGCUACAUUUUCGGUUAAAUCGAGUUCUGUUGGCGGACAUGUGAUUCCUUCUCUUGGAUUCGGUUCCCGCGUAAGAUUUUGCUCUCUUCCUCCUUGUUCAUCUAUCAAGGCUGAGUCAUGUUUAAAAAGAGACCUGCAUAAGCAAAGAAGCAGUCUUGAGUCAAUGUUCUGUUAUGAUAAACCAAUACCAGAGGAAAUAAUAGAGGAGCCAGUAGGAUUAUCCAUGUCAGAGAGAGAGAUUGGUGAUAAUCGGCGUUGCACUUGUUGUGAAGCUAAAGGUGCAUUGCUUUGUGCAACUUGUUCUGGAACUGGUCUAUACGUAGACUCAAUUAUGGAGAGCCAAGGCAUCAUUGUUAAAGUCCGUUGCUUAGGUUGUGGUGGAACUGGUAACAUUAUGUGCAAAAGUUGUGGCGGGCGUGGUCACGUAGGACACUAAUGACUCCGAGAGUCGCUUGUUUUCCAGUCAUAGUUCUGUUUUACCUAUUCCCCACUUUUAUACGCUGUACCCUUUCUCUCUGAUCUUAUUGUAAAAUCAAAAUCCUACAUUUUU